UACCCGAGCAGCUUGUAAACAACUGUGCAAGAAGAAGGUGUGACAGUCAGCCAACACACCCAGCCUCGACCCAGCAAACUCGGAAACUACACCUGUACACCGCUCCCCUGUCCGGCAGACAGGCCGCCUCAAUGCAUCACAGAGCACCGACAACACCGAGGACACCAUGGAUGUGUACGACUUGUUUAGCAGCUGCAAAAAGGGCGACAUUUGGAGAGUCAGAUACCUUGUUGAGCAAAGAGAUGUGGACCUCAAUGUGAGAGAUAAAUGGGACAGCACUCCUAUGUAUUAUGCCUGUCUCUGUGGUCACGAGGAGCUGGUUCAGUACCUGUUGGCUAGUGUCUUCGUUCUCAGGUGCCAAGUGUGAAGCCAACACGUUUGAUGGCGAGAGGUGCAUGUACGGCUCCCUGAGUGACUCCGUGCGACGCCUAGUCAAAGAAUAUAAGUGUGUCAGCAUCCGCGCCAUGCAGCGGGACGAUUUCAACUACUUUCUGCACAUGUUACUGGAGCAGGGUCAGCACAGCGACGUCAAGUUCCUGGUUCAUAGACAAACAUUUCUGGCCCACCGCUGUGUUCUCAGUGCCCGCUCUGAGUACUUCACCGAAAUGUUUGAGACCAAGUGGAAAGGGAAGAGCUUGAUAACCCUCAAACACCCUUUGAUCAACCCUGCUGCCUUUGGCGCCAUCCUGCAAUAUUUCUACACAGGACGAAUGGAUAUUGAUUUAAGCCUUGUGGAGGACUGCAGACGACUUGCUAAACAGUGCAAGAUGACAGAUUUCAUUGAGGAGCUUGACAAUAAAUGCAAACAGUUGUAUGACUUUGUGUCCAACAAGCCGGGAAUCUGCGUGAAGGUCCUGACCCUGGAGCCUCAGAGCUGUCAGCUUAAUGAGGAGAUGGCUCAGUUAGCAGACUGUGCUCUGCCCACUGAACUAAGAGUUGGAUUUGGAGAACUUCCUUUUAACAGAGUCGACCUCUUCCCUACUUAUCCCGACAUCUGCUUCAGAGUUGAUGGUUACGAUUUCCUGUGUCAUAGGGUGUUUUUCAGUGGGCGCAGUGAUUACUUUAAAGCCCUGCUGGAAGACCACUUCAGUGAGGGAGAGCUGUUGCAGUCUCAGCCCAGCACCCCAGUGAUAACUCUACACAACAUCUCCCAUGAAGUCUUUAUCCAUGUCAUGUAUUACAUCUACACCAAUUCCACAGAGCUGAUGACGGAGAUCGUGUUUGACGUGCUGUGUGUGGCUGAUAUGUACCUGCUGACGGGGCUGAAGCGUCUGUGCGGGAAGACGCUCGCCAUGACCAUAUGUGAAGAAAACGUCCUGUACAUGUGGAAGAUGGCCAAGCUCUUCCGUCUCUCUCGGCUGGAGGAUCUAUGCACAGAGUACAUGGCCAAGAUCAUCGAGCGGCUGGUGGAGCAGCCUGAGCUUGCUGAGAUCAUCAAGGAGGAUGCUGCAGCGUUGGAGGACCGACAGGAGACUGACUCUGUCCCCCUGGUGGACGACAUCCGCUACCACAUUGCCAGCAACGUGCAGACGUACAGCGCAAUUGAGGAGGCCAAUCAGAAGCUGGAGGCCUUGGAGGAGCUGCUAUCCAGCAUUAAUAUUGAAUGCUGAAAGGUCGGCCGGUGGUUUGUGGUUAGUGGCUGUAGCUGCUGUGUGCGGUUUUUGAGUUUUUUUUAGGUGUUUGCUUUGCCAGGGGACAUUCAGUGGCAUAUCUGUUGUGAGGCAAAAAAACAACAACAACUCCCAAAUGAGGUGAAAAGAAACAUAUGCUUCUUUAUGUUUGUGGUUUUUUUAUUUUAUUUGCAGUAUAUUGUACAGAAUAUAUAUUUUGAAAGGUGCUGCUUUUGUUACAGGAGCUUUUUCUGGAGACAACUGUGUAUGUUGGCUGUUGAAACAUACAAACGUGAGAAAAUAUAUUUGGGAUAGAGCAUCAUGUGAAUCUGUUAGAAAGUUGUGUACGCUGCAUUUUGAGGGAAUUGUGUAUAAUAUAUUUACAACAGAAUAUCUUUGCAUUGCACAUGCAUGACCUUAUUUUUAGGUGUUAUUUAAAGCUGGUUUAUUUGGCACUUUUAAGAAUACAGUUUGGCCCCAUUAAAGUUCAGCACCAGCCCCUUUAAUGAUCUAUGAAAUGUUGUCAUGACAGUAAAAGAAAGCUGAAGAAAACUGAGGAAGCAGAUGAAAACUGUUGUGGAACCACGACACUGAUUUUGUUCUUAAGGAGCCGGCAGGUUAAAAUCUGUUUAAUGUCCACUUCUUCUCUCUGAGUCAGUGACUCACUCACAGACAUUGUCCUGACAAUAUUUUUAAUUUCAAACUUUUACUUUGAAGUUACAUAGAAUAUGAUUUUAUGAUGUAUGUCAUGCACAGAAGCAGUUAAGGUGUUGAACUGCAGAUUCAAUUUUGAUGUUUUACUGGAUUUAGCCGCUGUAGUUCACCUCACUGUUCAACCCAUAACAUUCCUUUAGUGCGAACAUUUACACUAACAACCCAUCCCCUGACAUGCUCUUGCACUUUCUGUGUACAUUUAAAAGGAUAAAUGUCCUGCUCCCCUGUAAUGCAGCAAACCUUUCUUACCCGGUAUAUCCACAUGGAAAUAAAGCUGUUACUUAACUGUUUGCAUGUUAAAUUCAACAUCAAUACAGCAAAAUAUUUAUAUUUCUUCAAAUCAAGUAGCCCGGACCUACUGUUCGAAAAAAUGGAUGAAUAUCUGCUUUUGGUUUUGGCAAUUAAACAUGGGAUAAAAACAAAA